AUGGAGAUCGACUCUCACCUUGACCCCGACUCAGAUUCAGACUAUGAAUACGAGUACCACCCCACCGAGACAGAGAGCUUCUACCUCAACCUCGACCUAACAGCCCACCAUGGCCCAAUCCGGCCCCCACGCCAACGCCAACCCGACAAAUCCAAAGAUCAAUCCCGAGCACAAGCCCAAGCCCAAGACGACGACGAUCCAAACCAACCCAUAGACGCCUUCACCCCACUCGAGAGCGCCGAAGACUCCCUCACCCGCGAACGAAUCCAAAUCCUAGCCCUCCACACACGCAACCCAAUAAUCGCCUACCAAAAUCAAAUCUUCAGCUGCUCCUGGGCCGAUCAAAUGGGCACAGAACUCCUCUUCGCACACCCAGAUACUGAUCCAGACAUGGAUCCCGCCCGAACCACGCCCCUCCACAAGGGCCCCGCAUUCGAGCUCCUCGCCGCCAACAGCGUUAAGAUCGUCGGCCGCAAAGCAAACCUCACCUCCAGCAGCGGCCUAUCUGGGACUGGGACUGCAGCGCAGAGCGGCUCGUCCACUGGACAAUCGCACCAGGCGCAAUUUAUCGCAAAGCUACAAGCACUCAAGAAGAACAAGGGGGAAACGGACGAAGUAAGGACAGUCUAUCAAGUGCGUCGAAAUGCCGAUGUCGCAAAGCGUCUUGCUGCGUGGGCGAACCUGGAGGCAUGGGCGAAGACGGAGGCACAAAUCGCCGAUGUGCAGAAAUUGCGGGAGAAAGCUGCUAAUGGCGAUGCGGAUGCUAUGGAGCAGUUGGAGAUACUUUUUCGUGCUUAUUAUGAGGAAGACUCGGAGUUUCAGGGUCAGGGUCAGGAUGAGGAUGAGGAUCAAGAUCAGGGUCCUUCUUGA